AUGCGGGCGCCGGCCAGGGAGCUGUUCCGGGACGCCGCCUUCCCUGCCUCCGACUCCUCGCUCUUCUCCAGCUUCUCCACGCCGCUGGCCCGCUUCCGGGAGGACAUCACGUGGAGGCGGCCCCAGGAAAUCUGUGCCGUGCCCCGGCUGCUCCCAGAGAAGCCCCAGGAAGGGCAGGUGAAGCAGGGGCUGCUGGGGGACUGCUGGUUCCUGUGCGCCUGCGCCGCCCUGCAGAAGAGCCGGCACCUCCUGCACCAGGUCAUCCCUCCCGGACAGCCGAGCUGGUUCGACCAGACGUACCGUGGCGCCUUCACCUGUCGAGUCUGGCAGUUUGGAUGCUGGGUGGAAGUGACCAUAGAUGACCGUCUGCCUUGUCUUGCAGGGAGACUCUGCUUCUCCCGGUGCCAGAGAGAGGAUGUGUUCUGGCUGCCACUGCUGGAGAAGGUCUAUGCCAAGGUCUAUGGGUCCUACGAGCACCUGUGGGCAGGACAGGUGGCGGACGCCCUAGUGGACCUAACGGGCGGCCUGGCCGAAAGGUGGAACCUGAAGGACUUGGCGAGCAGCAGUGGCCAGCGGGGCGAGCCCGGCAGCUCGGAGCCCCGCACCUGUCGGCAGCUGCUCGGCCUCAAGGAGCGGUGUCCCAUCAGCUGCUCGGUCUUCAGCCCCAGAGCAGGUGCCAGGGAGUUGGGGGAGUUUCACGCCUUUAUCGUCUCAGACCUGCGCGAGCUCCGGGAUCAGGCCGGGCAGAGCGUCCUGCUGCUGCGCAUUCAGAACCCCUGGGGCCGGCGGUGCUGGCAGGGGCCCUGGAGAGAGGGGGGCGAAGGGUGGAGCCGGCUGGACCCAGUGGACUCUUCAGAGCUGCUGUCCCAGCUCCAGGAAGGGGAGUUCUGGGUGGAGGAGGAGGAGUUUCUCCGGGAGUUUGAUGAGGUCACCAUUGGCUACCCGGUCACGGAGGCCGGCCACCUGCAGAGCCUCUACUCAGAGAAGCUGCUGAGCCACACGCAGGAGCUGCCCGGGGCCUGGGUCCGGGGGCUGUCUGCAGGAGGCUGCCGGAACAACAGCGGCUUUCCCAGCAACCCCAAGUUCUGGCUUCGCGUCUCAGAGCCGAGCGAGGUGUACAUUGCUGUCCUGCAGAGGCCCAGGACGCGCACGGUGGACUGGGCUGGCCGGGCCCGGGCACCCGAGGGGGACCACCGCACCGCGUGGAGCCCGGCCAGCAUCCCGGGCAGGGACUACCCGGCCGUGGGCCUGCACCUCUGGAAGGUGGAGAAGCGGCGGGUCAGCCUGCCCAGGGUCCUGUCCACACCGCCCGUGGCUGGCACCGUGUGCCACGCGUACGACCGCGAGGUCCACCUGCGCUGUGAGCUCACCCCUGGCUACUACCUGGCCGUGCCCAGCACCUUCCUGAAGGACGUGCCAGGGCAGUUUCUGCUCCGGGUCUUCUCCAGCGGGAGAGUCGCCCUCAGUGCCAUCAAGACCGUGGCCCAGAGCCCCGACCCUGGGGAGGCCCUGUCGGCAGGGGAGUGGGAGACCGUGCAGCUUCGGGGGUCCUGGAGGAUCGGGCAGACGGCGGGGGGCAGCAGGAACUUCGCCUCCUAUCCCAGCAACCCCUGCUUCCCCCUCUCGGUGCCCGAGGGCGAUGGCCCCCGCUGCGUCCGCAUCACUCUGCGCCAGCACUGCCCGGACAGCGCCUGCCACGCCAUCGGCUUCCAUGUCUUCCAGGCUCCAGCGGACGGCGGGGGCCCCGCUGCGCCCUCCCUGCUCCUCCAGAAGCCCGUGCUGAGCUGCGUGCCGCACUGCUACACCCAGGAGGUGAGCCGCCUCUGCCGCCUCUCUGCAGGCGCCUACAGGGUCGUGCCCUCCACCUACCUGCCCGACACGGAGGGCGCCUUCACUGUGACCAUCGCGACCAGGAUAGACAGGCGCUCCGUUCACAGCCAGGAAGUGCUGGGGCAGCUCCUCCAAGAGGCCUCCUUCAUGGCGGUGAUGAGAACCUAGCUGGGUGCCCCACUUGUCAGCUCUGUGUCAGCUCUGGGGACGUGUCCUCAGGGCUCCCCGCGCCCUGCAGCGCCCUCACCCAGUGCCACCAGCCUCAGUGCUGUGGCGAGGUCCUGAGCUGAGCUGGGCGGCUCGUGUGCCUGUGGCUCCAGGUGAAGGUUCCUCGUCCUGGAGGGAGGCAGCCUGGGCUCAUGCAGGUGCCGCAGGGAGGACAGGAGGAGCCCAGCGAGCGUCCUGGCCCCGCACCCUGACGACGGCUCCGCGGAGACCUGCCCGUCUCCCCUCGGGCUCCAGAGAGGCCUUACAGCUGGCACACGCGUGUCCGCACACCUGUCUGCAACGGCUCUGGACGUGACUGAAUACACACGUGUCCGCACACCUGUCUGCAGCGGCUCUGGAUGUGACUGAAUACACACGUGUCCGCACACCUGUCUGCAGCGGCUCUGGGCGUGACUGAAUACACACGUGUCCGCACACCUGUCUGCAGCGGCUCUGGACGUGACUGAAUACACGUGUGUCCGCAUACCUGCGUGUAGCGGCUUAGGUGUGACUGAAUACACGUGUCCGCACACCUGUGUGCAGCGGCUCUGGGCGUGACUAAAUACACACGUGUCCGCACAUCUGUGUGCAGCGGCUCUGGGCGUGACUGAAUACACAUGUAUCCGCACACCUGCAUGCAGCAGCU